AUGGGGAGCUUAAAGAUCUCGAUGGAGCCUCUCGGGGAGGGGAACUACCACUCGUGGUCGAUCAAGAUGAAGAGUUAUCUUAUCACCAAGAGCUUGUGGAGGGGGGUAGAAAAUCCAUCGGAGAACGAAGAGGAGUCAAAGCAGGCGUUGGCUCUGAUAACGUUGAACGUGUCAGACCAUCUGCUGGGGAGCCUGUCAGAGCUGCAAGAUGCUGGGAAAGCGUGGAAGCAGCUAGAGAGCACUUUCAAGAGCAAGAGCGUGGCUCGGAAGUUGCAGCUAAAGAGGGAGCUGCAGACACUCAAGAUGAAGGGAGAUGAGAGUGUCACUCUCUAUAUCACACGGGCGCGUGAUAUCUGGCAGGAGCUGAAAGCUACGGGUGAGAAAGUCACUGAUCAGGAGCUUGCAUGGAGUGUGUUGACCGGGUUGCCUAGCUCGUUUGACGUGUUGGUAACGGUGCUAGAGACUCAGGCUGAGGAUCAGUUAACGGUAGAUAAGAUCUUGCCUACUCUGGUUGUGCAUGAGCAGAGGUUAGGAGGAUCUGGAGGUUCCAGUGAGGAGAGGGACACGGCUGUAGCGUUCGCGGCCAGCGGGAAGGGUCGCAAGAGCUUUGGGGGCAAAGGGGCCUCGGGAGGUACGAAGGGCUCUGCCCGAGGGGACGUGAGUGGCGUGAGGUGCAGGAAGUGUGGGGAGCUUGGGCACUUUGCGAGGGACUGCACCCAGGAGGUCAGGUGCAACAAUUGCUUGCAGCAUGGCCACAUGGCGAAGGAGUGCAGGAAGCCACCCACGUGUCUCAAGUGCGGGAAGUCGGGGCACGUGGCCAAGGACUGCAGAAGCGGGGGCAGUUCUGGGGGCCCGAAUAAGCGGGGAGUGGCGUUUUCUGCGGUGGCCGAGGACAGGGGCGGUGCAAGCGUCGAGUGGCUGCUGGACUCGGGGAGCAGCGAACGUCUGACGGGGAACAAGGAAGUCUUCAAGACGUUCCGGGCAAUCAGCAAGGUGGCUGGGCGUAUCACGUUUGGGAACGGGGGGGUCCUGUAUGCAGAGGGGGAGGGGACCGUCGAGCUGCAGUGCAAAGUGCCGGGUGGUGAACAGCUCGUAACCCUCACCAACGUGAAGUACAUCCCAGGUAUGCCGGUGAACCUUGUCUCGGUGGGUUGCGUAGAAAGUAGAGGAGCUGUGGUUGUGUUCAGGCAAGGCGGGAGUCAGGUCUUGCUGGACGGUGAUGUCGUGAUGGAGGCUAGACUGUCAGAGGGGGUCUAUGUCAUUGAGAUGGCCGGGGCUGUGUGCAACGUGGUCAGGAGCGAGUCGGCGACGUUGUGGCACAGACGGCUGGGGCACGCAGGGUUCGAAAACCUAGCAAAGAUGGUCGAGAACGGCUGCGUGAGCGGGGUCAGGGUUAGCGCGGAUGAGUUUCGAGGGGAGUUAACCCGGGUCUGCGAGCCGUGUGUGAUGGGAAAGCAAACAAGAGCGCCCUUUCCGGCGAAGAAGGAGAGCGAGACGGAAGUGAAGGGGCCCCUGGAUUUGGUGCACACAGACGUGUGUGGCCCGAUGCCAGAAGAGUCGAUUGGGGGCAGCCGGUUCUUCGUGACGGUGCUCGAUGACUACAGCAAGCUGUCGGUGGUGACGCCGAUCCGGAGGAAGAGCGAGGUGAAGGACGUGUUAGAGGGGGUGUUCAACCGGCUGGAGGAGAGGACACGGGCGAUGCUGGAAGACUCGGGGUUGCCGAGCAAGCUGUGGGCGGAAGCGGUGGUUAGCGCUAACUACACACGAAACCGGACGCCGGUGAAGGAGCACGGGAAAACCCCGCUGGAGAUGCUGACGGGCAAGAAGCCGGACCUGAGCAGGCUGCGGGUGUGGGGAGCACCAGCCUACAUGCACGUGCCGAAGGGACUGCGCACGAAACUGGAGCCGGUGAGCCAGAAGGGGUGGUUCGUGGGAUACGAACCGGAUUCGACGGGUUACAGGUUUUUGCGGAAGAAAGACGGGCGGAUCUUGGUGACGAGGGACCUGAUCGUAGACGAGGGCGUCGCAGGGGAAAGCGUGGUGGAAGACGAGGUGGCAGAGCCCAACCCGGGGAAGCCAACCGGGGGAGAGGGGUCGGGGGAGUCUGCGCCUCGGGAGGAGAAGCGGGAGGCAGUCGAGGAGAUUGACCUGCGGAGCGACGAUGAGGAGGAAGACGGGCAGCGCUACCCAACGCGGGCGCACGUCGUUCCAGCGCGGUAUGCCAACGUGGCGCGGGCACGUGGCGGUGACGCGUGGCAGACGGAGAAUACCUCCGUCGUCGUCGAGCCGAGCUCCGACGCAGGGAAGGAGCAGGGGGGUGCUCGCGGCCCUAGUCGUGUGAGCCCCCCUGUCUCAGCUGGUGCGGGGGCUACUCCCACGGGAGAGGCCAGUGCCGGCAAACGGGGUGAGGGCCAUAACACGCAAAAUACGUUGGGAGGCCAAAAUGGGGCCAAAACGUAUAGUCCGCCCCUAGAGACACCCAACGAGGGUUCGGGGUUGAAAGAACCCCAGUCGUACCAGGAAGCCGUAGGGGGAGAGCAGAGUGAAAUCUGGCGGCAGUCCAUGGACGACGAGAUGCGGAGUCUGCUGGAGAACGGGACGUGGGAGUUGGUCCCGAAGCCUGAGGGGGUGAAGCCGGUCCCGAUGAAGUGGGUUUACAAAAUCAAGCAGGACGCAGCGGGAAACAUCGAGCGGUUCAAAUCGCGACUGGUGGCGAAGGGGUUUCUCCAGCGGCAGGGGGUGGACUUCGAGGAGGUGUACGCGCCGGUGUCGAAGCACACGACGCUGAGGGCGUUGCUGGGAGUCGUUGCGGCGAGAGACUUAGAGCUGCACCAGCUGGACGUCAAGACGGCGUUUCUGAACGGUGAGCUGGAGGAGGAGAUUUACAUGCAGCAGCCGCAGGGGUAUGAGCAGGGUGGACCGAAGACGGUGUGUCGUCUGAAGAAGACGAUUUACGGGUUGCGCCAGGCGCCGAGGGCUUGGCACCAGAGGCUGAAGGCGGAGCUGGGGGAAAUCGAGUUUCAGGCCUCUGAGAGCGACGCAGCGCUGUUUACGGGAGUAGUAGACGGAGAGCGGGUGUGGGUAGUCGUCUGGGUGGACGACAUUCUGAUCGCAGCGGCGGGGGAGAAGAGGUUGGCCAAGGUGAAGGCGCACCUGUCGAGGAAGUUUGACGUGCGUGACCUGGGACCGGCGGAGUACUUCCUGGGGAUGGAGCUGACGCGCGACAGGCGCGCGCGCACGGUCAAGCUGACGCAGAAGAAGCUGACGAAGGAGUUGCUGGGGCGGUACGAGCUGGAGGCAGCAAAGGCGCGAAGCACUCCGCUGUCGUCGGGGGAGAAGCUGCAGAAGGAGGGGGAUCCUCUUGACACCGGCAAGUACCCCUACAGUGAGUUGGUCGGGAGCCUGCUGUAUCUGAGUGUGUGCACGCGGCCGGACAUUGCGCAGGCAGUUGGAGCGCUGGCGCGCUACAUGUCGGGGCCGACACAGGAGCACUGGCGGGCAGCGCUUGGGGUGGUGCGCUACCUGUCCGGGACAGCAGAGCUGGGAGUGACGUUCGGGGGGAGCGCAGAGCCGCUGGUGGGUUAUGCAGACGCAGAUUAUGCGGGGGACGUGGACAGCCGCAGAUCCACGACCGGGUACGUCUUCCUGGUGUACGGGGGAGCCGCAAGCUGGUCGAGCAGGCUGCAGCCCACGGUGGCAGCCUCAACGGUGGAAGCGGAGUACAUGAGCGCGGCGAGUGCCGCGAAGGAGGCGCUGUGGCUGAGGAAGCUGUGUGGAGAUUUGGAGCUGCCCGGGGGAGCUGUCCAGAUCUACGGGGAUAACCAGGGUGCGCUGCAGCUGCUGAAGCACCCGAUUGCUUCGCAGCGCACCAAGCACAUCGACGUGCUGCAUCACUUUGUGCGAGAGAGAGUGGCUCGGAGGGAGCUGCGGUACGAGUACGUUCCGACGAAGCAGAUGGUGGCGGACGUCUUUACUAAGCCGUUGGACCCGGGCCAGUUCAGAGCGUGCAGGGAGAUGCUAGGGAUGUAA